UAGUAGUCUAAAAGCGUGAAAUUUCGAAAAGACCUAGAAUGUUAAUGAUCUUAAGAUCGAUAAAUCCACGCGUAUCUCUUAACUGGACGACCACUAUCAUUCGCAGAUGAAAACUUCUAUUGUCUGUACCCCCCGAAACCCCUCAUAACCACAAAAGUUCAAUCCGAUCAUCCGCAAUACGCGACCUAGCAUUCCAUAAAUUUCAAUCAUGAUGAAGAAUUCUGAUUUUUCUCAUUUUUCGGUCAUUAAUCGAAAUUGUAUGGAUAGGUGAUCAUUCCUUAUUAUGGAUGGCUCCUUUUAUCAGAAUCCUGCUCAAGGUCUUGAGAUUCUAACGCUGUAGUAGUCUAAAAGCGUGAAAUCUCGAAAAGACCUAGAAUUUUAAUUAUCUUAAGAUCGAUAAAUCCACGCGUAUCUCUCAACUGGAUGAUCACUAUGAUUCGCAGAUGAAAACUUCCAAUGUCUAUACCCUCCGAUAACCCCUCAUAACCACAGGAGUUCAACCCGAUCAUCCGCAAUACGCGACCUAGCAUUCCAUAAAUUUCAAUCAUGAUGAAGAACUCUGAUUUUUCUCAUUUUUCGGUCAUUAAUCGAAAUUAUUUAGAUAGGUGAUUAUUCCUCAUUAUGGAUGGCUUCUUUUAUCAGAAUCCUGCUCAAGGUCUUGAGAUUCUAACGCUGUAGUAGUCUAAAAGCGUGAAAUUUCGAAAAGACCUAGAAUUUUAAUGAUCUUAAGAUCGAUAAAUAUACGCGUAUUUCUUAACUGGAUGAUCCCUAUCAUUCACUGACGAAAACUUCUACAGCCUAUCCCCUCCAAUAACCCCCAAUGACCACAAAAAUUCAACCCGAUCAUCCAGAACACGCAACUAAGACUUUCAAUUCCUUUCAUUUUCCUUUCAUCGCUUGUUCAUGACCUUACCUCUUCCUCGUGCUCGAAAAAAAAAAACACCGACCUUCCAUAAUCGAGGUUACAGACGCAAAUUAUUUCUCAACGAGUCGGUCAUUAAAAUAUCCCCCACUGGAAUUAAGGAAUAACGAUCAUUGUUUUUCCGAGAAUUAUUACAUACCAAUCGCUAGCAGAGACCAGCUAUUUGCGGUAUCUCUCCCUUUUUUACUUCUUCCUCCUGCAGCGGCAAUUCCCUCUCCUUUUUCUUCUCAUCUCUCUUGUACAGCUGCCUCGAAUGACGAUCAAAACGUUGACUCACCCCGUGGAAUUCGCAACGUCACGUCCCUUCAUUGUUGCAUUCCAGGUGUAUGGUUACCGCGGAUUCCUUUCAGGCUUUCACUCGCUCCCUUUUCAUUUAGCCAAGAUGUGGUGAAUUGGAGCAAAUGGUCUGUGGCGGUUUGAUGAUGGACGUUGACUGAUUGAUUCGGUGUCUAGGAUCACUUGACGAUCAAGACGGUUUGGGGUGGGGAGGACAAAAGGUCUGACUCUUUGACCCGCGAACAUCAAGUCACGGGAUAAUUUCUCACGUGUACUCGUGCUACUUUGUUGUUUAUAGUUUUCAUCUUCGUGACUUUUAGUUCGUUUUUAGUUGGAAUAUCGACCGCUAAUCUAAGUGAAGACAGUGUGGACUCAGGCUUUACGUUAAGAGACAUGUUCUUGUGAUUGGUUGUUGUUACUGAACAUUAAAAUGGAUCAAGUGUCUCCUUUGAGAGAAGCAUCAGCCCUCGGCUACAUCGACGGAAAUUUUGAAUUCGAUCAGCUGGAGAAUGACGCGAAAGUGUCUCUGGAGAACGGCCACAAAAACCGGGUGCUGAGGAGAACCAGGAGUCUCAACGCACCUAGUCCCAUUCAGCAGUUCGGGCCAUGCGGGCGAAUCAUGAAAAAUUCAGCGAUGGUCAUGACCAUUCAAGACCCAGCAUCCCAGAGACUGACCUGGUACAAGCCCCCCCUCACCGUUCUCGUUAUAAAAAAAGUCCGUGACUCUUCAGUCCUGCCGCCCUUUGUUCAAUUAGUCACAUGGCUCAUAGAGGAAAAACGAAUGGUGGUAUUUGUGGAGGCGUCAGUCCUGGAGGAUCCAGCAUUGGCUAGGGAUCCGAGAUUCCAGGGCGUCCGUGACAGACUGCAAACGUUUCGAGAUGGUACUGAUGAUUUACAGGACAGAAUUGACUUUAUUGUAUGUCUCGGUGGUGAUGGAACACUGCUUUAUGCGAGCCUAUUGUUUCAACAGUCAGUACCACCUGUUAUGGCAUUUCAUCUCGGCUCACUUGGUUUCCUAACGCCAUUUGAGUUUGAUAACUUUCAAGAACAAGUUACUAAUGUCCUUGAAGGUCACGCGGCGUUGACCUUGAGAAGUCGUCUCCGAUGCCUAAUAAUGAGAAAAGGUGAAGAUGGACAGCCGACAAAACCCCCCACAAACCUUCUCGUUCUCAACGAAGUUGUUGUUGAUCGUGGACCCUCACCUUAUUUAUCGAAUAUCGAUCUAUUCAUCGAUGGAAAACACGUAACUAGUGUUCAAGGCGAUGGUCUCAUUGUGAGCACACCAACCGGAUCAACGGCAUACGCUGUUGCUGCUGGAGCGAGUAUGAUUCAUCCUUCAGUACCUGCAAUUAUGAUUACACCUAUUUGUCCGCACUCAUUGUCAUUCAGACCCAUCGUUGUACCUGCAGGGGUUGAACUUAGAAUUAUGGCUAGUGAUCAGGCACGUAACACAGCCUACGUUUCCUUCGAUGGUCGUAAUCAGCAAGAGCUGCAGGCUGGGGACAGUUUGCGGGUGACAACGUCGAUCUACCCGGUGCCGAGUAUCUGUGCAGCGGAUCAAAUAACCGACUGGUUCGACUCCCUGGCUGAGUGUCUCCACUGGAACGUACGAAAACGCCAGAAACACCUGGACGAGUUGAGCGACCUCACCCACUCCUCCAGCAACGACACCCUCGACUCGCUGGAUCGUGACAGCUAGGGAUGAAUGAAGAACGGAAGAGCUUCCUGAUUUUUCGAGCUAGAACAAGCCAUCAAAAGCUCCCAUGACCCGGAAAAAUUAUUUUCCCCAAAAACUUCGCUUCUUCAUUCGCAAAAUAAUUUUUUUAAAUGAAAGCCUCCCUCUAAAUAAAUUUAUAACACUUUUUUUCGCGUUGGAGACAUAUUUUGCUCAAAGAAUCAAUCGAGAGGAGCAAAAUUUUUCUGAAUUCUGAGACAAUUAUCAUCACGCAUUCAGAAAAUUAAUUCAUGAAACCAAUCAUAAUCAUUACUAUCAUUAUAACUUCCUUUUAUUUCGAUGAGAACUGUAAUUAUGCACUAGAUAAUCUUCAUCAUCAGCGAGUAAAAUCACCAUUUUUGGUCAUUUUCCAAGGAUUAAGACAUAAAGACACUAAUCGGUCAGGCAUUAUGAUGGAUGAAGUAGAUUAUGAUUUAUUUUUCCUGUUUUUUUAAUCAUCAAAUUGUUCUUUUGUAUAUUAUGAGAGUAAUUGUGAGUGAUAGUAGUAUCAUUACUGUUGUGGAUAUUCCCCCGGAUCGAGUUGUUAACGUUGAUAAGAUAUAUAAAUACGUCUUUUUAAUAAAACUAUUUUUUUACGACAUACUGAGGAUCAAAUUAAUUCUCCCUGACGGCGAGUUUUUUAUGAUUUAAAAAAGUUUUUAUAUAAUUUCGCAAGUUACAAAUACCAAUUGUAAAUAUUUCUCCUGUUUUUUAAUAUAAAAAAUGAUAUAGUGAAGAAUUUAUCUGUAAAAAACGAAUUCAAAGACAAUAAAUCAUUGUGAAUAAUA